AUGCCGACAUCACCACGAACACCGAGGCAUAGCAGACACACUUCAAACAUCGAUCUUUCCUUUGCUACGCCCCUCUCCUAUGGCAAUGAUUCCAGUCCCAGAAGACAUUCCAAGACCUCUAUACAUACGCCUACCUCAUCGGGAAACAGACAUAGUCUGACACGCUCGGAUUCCAUCGGGAUAGACGUGUUCAGCAGUGGGGGACCAGCACAGGCUUCGAACGGGCUCGGCAACCUUGCGGAUGAGCUGGCAGAUGCGUGGGGGGAAGAUGAGGAUGAAGAAGAAGGGGAUGAGGAGCCGGAUAUGAAUUUCCAGGAAGUGAGUCAAGAAGGAGGACCGACGAGGGAUAGUGGGGUGGAUGUCACGUCUUCACCAGUACAAGCUCCGAAUAAGCCGACGAGUCUUACUCCUCCCACAACUGGAGGUAGGGGACAUAAGAGACAGCCUAGUGAGUAUGAUGGGAGCGAUUAUGGGGGAGAAUCAGAUUUGGACUCGCCGGGGAUGCCUCCGGGCUUAGUAUCUCGAAUGGAUUUGGUGGAGAGUUUGGCGCGGAGAGGUACCGAGAAUACCGGGACUGCUGGAGAUGGGGUAGUCAAGAGGGUCGUAGAUGGAUUGAAAGAUCUGGGUGGGCAGUCCGGGGUUGAAGGAGGUGCUACACGACUCAUCACAGCACACACCGCACUAUCAACACAUCUCCUCCACCAAACCCGACUCCUCCAAUCACUAGCAUACCCUCUGUUCUCUCCCCUAGUAAUGCCUCCCGACGAGGAAUUCAUCGACGAUCUAAUGCCCCUCCUCAUGACCCUCAACGAAUCAAUGCCCCGCCCCACAACCGUAGCCCUCAACUCCCUCUCCCAGCUACACGGCCUAACAGCCGACCUCAUCCAAACACUCAACUACCUCUCCGACACCCUCCACAUGUCCCGGCAAACAACGACGACAGCCACACGCCGCUUACGUAGUGCCCGGGAACUUGUGGCCGAGAUGCGGAAAGAGGAGGACCUCCGCGAGGAAGGAGAGCUCUGGCUCAAGAAGGGAAACUGGUCGGAGCGCUUGGGGGCAAGAGAGUGUGCGGGAGUGUGCGGGGAUGUAGUUGGGGGUUUUGAGGAGGUGUGUAAUGACUGGAGAGCGAGGCUUGUUGCGCAGGCUGAGGCUGUAAAUGUCUGA